AUGCCAAAUCACAGAUUGAAGUUUAAGUUAGGUGUUCCUGUCAUUGUGCUUCGAAAUUUAGAUAUUUCUAUUGGUCUUUGCAAUGAUACUCGAUUAAUAGUUACAAAAUUGGGUGCAACUUUUAUUGGUGCGGAGGUUGUAAACGGGCCACAUAAUGGGGAAAAAGUAUCUAUACAUCGGAUGACUUUAGAGCCACCUUCUAGUGCAUGCAUCAUUUUUCAGAGACGUCAAUUUCCUCUUUGUGUAUGUUUUGCAAUGACUAUCAAUAAAAGUCAAGGACAAACUUUGUCAAAUGUUGGUGUUUAUUUACCUAUACCAGUUAGGGUUGGAACAGGUCAGGCCAGGCCUUGA